AUGAAACGCGCAUCCCCCGUCAGCAGCGUCCUCAAGCGUGCCACCAAUGCCUUCAUCCCCCCUACCCGCAGGAGGGGCAGACGCAGCAUAGGGGGACGUUACUUCUUCUCAACCAAACGGAUCUGCCACCCCACGGGGGGGGAAGCGAACGUCCCAAGAAUUGUAACAUGUGACCAUCCUCCCUACAACACACAACGUCGGGAGGCACUCUCCUCCCAUUAUGACCCCACAAAGAAAAACAAAAAAUGGGACAAUACAACAAAGGGCAAGGCAAACGAUUUAAGUAAAAGCAACGUAAUAAACCUCAUCAAUGGAGUUAAGCAAAUUGAGGAAGGAAAGACCACCCCUGUUGUGGAUUUGUUAGUCGCCCUAAUUCUACAGAUUCGAUACGAUGAGGGGAGCAUCAUCCGAAUGAAGGAAAAACACACCAUCGGGUUCAUUUGGGCCAUGGCCAAAAUUGUGAAUCUUUUGGAAAAGAAAAAACUGAUGAGUGAACAGGUGGUCCUAAAUUGGAAGGCUCUCUUUAUCUACUUUGCGAAUAUGUAUAUGCGGCGUGCCAUACAUUUGGGGGGCAGCAAAAUUAACGACGUUGACGUGCGGCAGUAUGUCUCUUCCGUUCUUUCCCUCCGGAUGGGGGAAGACGAUUUGGCGAAAUUGUCCACCCAAGCGUUCUGCAACGGGAGUGGGUUUGCUAAGUGUCUGUUCGAGUGGGGAAGGAGGAGGCACGGGGGGGGACAUCCCCCCCGAGUGAUGAAGGAAACCACCCCUCCAAACGACCUCUUCCGAAUUUUCAACUCCUCUUCUAUUAGCGAAAUGCUUAUCCCCGUGCAGAGGUACAUCCUGAACAGGAUUGAACACCACCCCUUGGACAUAAAGACUAUCCUGAACUUCCUCGAAAUGGCUAGCCGAAAUUGGGAAGGAAAAUUCAAAGACGCCAUAAUUGACCUACUGUUGAAAAAGCUGGAGACACCCCCAAAUCAGAUCCAUAAUUUUUCCAUUUUCAAAUUAUGCCGAUUUUUAAACCUGACGGUGAACUAUAAUCUUCAGAAGGGCACAACGGAAGAGGCACACCUUCCGGUCAUCAUCGACUUGCUGCUGCGUGGGCAGGAUUAUCUACCCAAUGGAGAUUGUUACCGUUUUGGCUUACCCCCCCACCAAGGUGGUGCAUGCGGAAGUGGUGCUGAUGAACGGAGAGAAAAUAUCCUCUCUCCUAGCACAUUGGUUAAUAAGGAAAGGGCAAGCCCAUGUAGUACGUGGCUCCUGGACGCCAACGAACGAGAUUUGUCUUCCCUCGUGAGGGACUUCUCCAGAUUGGCAGUCCGGAAUAAUCACCUGUACAAAUUGCUCAUUGAUUGCUUUCUCCUCAAAUUGGGUUCUGGGCGUAACGGUGAUCACCACUUUGGGGACUCCCCCAAAUCGGAGGCGAAAUUAAAACAAGUUAACAUCCCCCUCAGCAUAGGAGAAAACCGAAAUGAGGAUCCCCCCAGGAGUAACACAACCAAAGCAGAAAAACAGAACAGGGGUAUCCAGAACACUUCUACAAGUAUGAAAAUGGGAACCACUGAGGAGGUGCGAAACUGGGUGGACAUUUUGGUGGGGCUAGCCAAUGCCAACUACCGCUACGAUCCCUUUGUCCAGUGUUUUAUUCAAAGGAUGGUCAUACAAAGAGGAAACCUCUUCUUCACCGUAAAUAACAUCCCCAAUGUUGUUCUUUCCGUGAGAAGCUUACUCUCCUUGGGGUACGACCAAAUGGAUACGCUGUCCUAUUUUUUCGAUUUCUUAACCAGCAAUUUUAGACAUGUGGAAAUGAAACAACUGAUAAUGGUUUUUUAUGCAUCGUAUUGCUACAUUGUGCAGAGGUACAACGUGGUGGGCGUGAAGUAUGCCGGGACGGGAAAUAUGCUUUUCUGCGUGGCAGGAGGAGGCAUCGGGGGGAAAGCGUAUACAGAAAUGGGUGCACAAAUAGAUGCACAAAUAGAUGCACAAAUAGAUGUAGCGGCAAGUGCAGGGGGUGACCCAGAUGGAACUCAAUUUGGCGGGCGAGAGAACCCCCUGACGGAUGUGCCCCCCCAACGCACGCCACACAGAUUGACCAGUACCGAUGCGUAUGGCCACUCCCCACAUGAACAACUCGAAGCAGCUAAGGCACACCUCUUCCAACACCUGCACAAAUUGGAAGGAGCCAUACUCCACAGAAGGAACGAAAUAGACUCCAUGCAGGGAUUGGUUAAUUUUUUCUUCGCUCUUUCCAGCACCACAAGCACGUUAUCGAUUCAACUGUACGACUUUUUUUACCAGUCAUUUUGGCGCAUACUAAAGGGGGAGAUGGGAACGGACGGAAAAGCUGCAAAAGGGCGAAAUGUAAAGGAUACGAUAAAGGCCCAAACCGUUGUUCAGAUUUGCUUGCUACACUACAAAAACAACAUAGUGCACAAGACCCUGCUGUCAUAUUUGCUCUCCGUUCUGGAGACCCUCCCGGAGGUGGAUAUUCACUGUCUGUACCCCAUCACUUUUGUAUGUUGCCACUUAAAUAUAAUAACCAUGAGCUUUUUGAAAUUUGCCUUGCGAGUUCUUCUAGGGGAGACGGCAAAGGGAGAACUUCAACAGGAACUUGCCAAUGGUGCUAAUUGGGUUUAUCAGGCUAAUGGAGAUAACUGUGCUGGCGGGGGUCACCACAUCCGAAACGACCAUUAUGCCCACUUUGGGGAAGGGUCAAAUAGACCUAGCGGUUACCGGGUUGCUUCCCCCCCUGGAGGACACACAACAGAAAUGCAUCACCUGUACUGUACCGAUCAACAGGACACAGUCAACAAAGUCGCCAAGUGUGCGUGGUCCCUACUUUUAAGUAGCGCCUUUUUGGAGAGCUCCAUAACGACCUUUGCCAAAAUGUGCAUCUUGCUAAGGAGAACACUUUCCAACAAAUUGUAUUGGACAGAGGAGGACUACAACAUGCUGAAUCAAAUGUUAGUAUGUUUAAAUAUGUAUUACAAGAAAAACAAAAAAAAUUUUCAUUUAAAGAGGGGAGAAUUUCGCAUCCCCACCUCUUUUUAUAUACCCUACUGUGUAGUUAAAGAAACUGUGAGAAGGAACAAAAUGUCUUCCCAACAGAAAAUACACAUGUCCAGCUUUCAGUACAAACUUUGUGAAUAUUUGAAGAAGAAAAAAAUUAUGUACAAGUCAGAAUAUUUCUUGAAGCGCGGUUUCGUGGUCGAUUUUUUGGUCCUGAAAAAAGGAGAACCACAUCUUGUGCUCGAGGUGGACGGGAUUUACCAUUACAACAUGUCAACCGAUGAGAAGAACUACGAGAUUGAACAUAACGGCAUGCGCUUGUCCAAAAAUGGAAGGACAGAGUUCCGCAAUAACGUGAUUCGAAUACUGUACGAUUUGGAGUUUGUGUGCGUCCCCUGGUUUUUCUUUCUGCAGCCCAGGUCGUUCCAGCGCCUGGAGGGGUUGCUGUGUGGGAGGCGAUCGGGUUCCGCGUCCUGUUACGAGGGAGGUAGCGGAACGCGCUGA